AGCAGUAGCCUCCGACCCUCUUCAGAGGUGACAUCACAGUGCGAGAAGUGCCAGGAUCUGCCAUCAUGGUUUUCACCCGCCCACCCUCGGUUCCGUACCCAAACGUGUGGAGACGGUUCACGGUCCAGCGAGGCAGUUCCAUCAUCCACCUCCGCGUCCAGGACCUGACAGAGGACCUGUUCGAAGCUAGUAUACAACUGCUGCUGAAGUACUUCACGAAGGACGAGCCGCCUUGCAAGUACAUCGGCAUCCACAACUACCCGUCAGCGGUAUCGGAACUAGAGAAACUCUGGCGGACCACAGUCAAAGACAACUUGUCUCUGGUCUGCGUUGAAGACAAGGAAGGGGCAUCCGAGGUGGUGGGGGUGAAUGUGCUGACUGUGGUCUGUAAGGGCGAUAAGGAGGAGCCUUUUCAUACAGAAGACCGGGUCUGGGCGAAGCUGUUCGGAGCCGUCGACCUGGUCUCCCGCAGCGUGGAUAUUUUCACCCACUUUGGAGUCGACAAGUACCUGACUGCGUAUGGCCUGGUGUUGCCUCCAGAGUGGCGAGGGCUGAAAGUUGGACAGCAGUUAUUGGAAUCCAGGGUCCCCUUCUGCAAAUCCCUCGGCAUCAAAGUCACAGUGACCGUGUUCACCGCUGCAGCGUCCCAAGCUGUGGCCAAGAAGGCAAACUUUGUCGACCUUUACGAGAUCACCUACGAAGAGUUGGGGAAGAAGGGAUUCCUGUUUCCUGGGGUAGAAGAAGACACCAAAUCUUCUAAGCUGAUGGCACUUGUUAUUGAUUGAUUGGCUUGGAUUUUGCUAAAAAUUAUGCCUCUUUUGGUGCUUUGUUCACUGGCAUAGUUACAGUAGAUGGGAAAGCAUUUUAGAAAUGGAAUUAUCAUUUUAUACGUGUAUUUAUUGCAAUAUUAGUAGUUAUUAGUAUUUAAAUAUACGCUUAUUAGUAAGUAUUUAUUAUUUAUGUAUGUGUGUGUUGGAAAGGGUACCAAACUUAUUGAAGUAGUCUAGUCUUACUAGUCAUGAGAUUGUAAUCCAGUUUUGUUUAGGAUUUGAUCUAGACACAUUACAGUAUUACAUAAUAUUUUCUGUGAUAUUAUUUUAUAGUAGAUCUAUGUACUUACUUUAUGUUAUUUAUGAAACAUAAUAAAGCUUAAAGCGAUAGACAAUACCUACUUACAACUUGUAAUCUCGUUUGCAGAUUAUUGUAUGUUAUGU